UAAACAUGGCGUCCUACAUGAAGAUCAUCAACGCUGCCCGGCAUCUUCACAGAAACCCAGUUCUGGUUGAACGGUCUUACAGAUGCAGACCCGUCCUUCAUCUGACCCACACUUCAGGACCUAACCAGGUCCGGACCACACGGCUCUUCAGCAUCUCCUCCACCUCCCAGGACUCAUCCUGUACAGGAGUCAUCAAGGCCAUGAGAGCCGGUAGGCUGCCCGGACUCCACCGCUGGGCCCGGGUCGCAAAAGUCCCCCUCCUUCAAACCCGUUUCUCUGGACCCUGCACCCUUCAGUCCCAGCUCUACAGUAACCGGGCCAGCGGGGCCGGGUUCUCCGGAGAGGACGGCGCAGAGAGCGCAGGUUCAGGUGGUGAGGAGUCAGGAGGAGGGGGAGAUGAAGAAGGUCCGUACAACGGCGCUCAGAUGACGGCUCUGACCCCAAUGAUGGUUCCGGAGGUGUUUCCUAAUGUCCCGUUGAUAGCUGUUUCCAGAAACCCGGUUUUCCCCCGGUUCAUAAAGAUCAUAGAGGUGAAGAACAAAGUCUUGAUGGAUCUGUUGAGGAGGAAGGUGCGUCUCACUCAGCCGUACGCUGGAGUCUUUAUGAAGAAAGAUGAUAAUAAUGAAUCUGAUGUGGUGGAAUCUCUCGACGCCAUUUAUUCUACAGGGACCUUUGUUCAGAUCCAUGAGAUGCAGGAUCUGGGCGACAAGCUGAGGAUGAUCGUCAUGGGCCACCGCAGGAUCCGUAUCACGCGACAGCUGGACGUUGAGGCCGAGGAAGUGUCCACGUCACCCGAGUUGUCUGAGUCUGAGUCAGACCCCCAGCUCAAAGUUGUGUCGAGGCGUAAAUCCAAACGCAACCGAAAGGAGCAGCCGACCUCGCUGAUAGAGCAGCUGGAGGACAAGAUUUCAGGGGCAGACCUGAGUCCAGACCUUCAGCCUUUGGCCUCCUCUGACGUCCUGAUGGUUGAAGUGGAUAACGUGCAGCACGAGCAGUUCACUGUCACGGAGGAAAUAAAGGCGCUGACCGCUGAGAUCGUCAAGACCAUCAGAGACAUCAUCGCGCUCAAUCCUCUCUACAGAGAGUCGGUCCUUCAGAUGAUGCAGGCUGGUCAGAGAGUGGUUGAUAACCCCAUCUACCUGAGUGACAUGGGAGCAGCGCUGACAGGGGCAGAGUCUCAUGAACUGCAAGAUGUCCUGGAAGAGACCAAUAUCCCGAAACGUCUUUACAAGGCACUUUCUCUGCUGAAGAAGGAGUUUGAACUGAGUAAACUGCAGCAACGCCUGGGCCGCGAGGUGGAAGAGAAAAUCAAACAGACCCACAGAAAGUACCUGCUCCAGGAGCAGCUUAAGAUUAUCAAGAAGGAGUUGGGUCUGGAAAAGGAUGACAAAGAAGCUAUUGAAGAAAAAUUUCGGGAGCGGCUAAAAGACAGGACAGUUCCUGAGCACAUAAUGGAGGUGAUCAGUGAAGAACUCAACAAACUGGGGCUGCUGGACAACCAUUCUUCAGAAUUUAAUGUGACCCGUAACUACCUGGACUGGCUGACCAGCAUGCCAUGGGGUACAAACAGCAUAGAAAACCUGUCACUGGAGAGAGCAAAGGAGGUUCUGGAGGAGGACCACUACGGGAUGGACGACGUGAAGAAACGGAUAUUGGAGUUCAUCGCAGUCAGCCAGCUCCGAGGCUCAACGCAGGGGAAGAUCCUGUGUUUCUACGGUCCCCCUGGUGUUGGGAAGACGUCCAUCGCCCGCUCCAUAGCCAGAGCACUGAACAGGCAGUACUACAGGUUCAGCGUGGGAGGCAUGACCGACGUGGCCGAGAUCAAAGGACACAGGAGGACGUAUGUUGGUGCCAUGCCUGGGAAGAUCAUCCAGUGUUUGAAGAAAACUAAGACCGAGAACCCCCUGGUGCUAAUAGACGAGGUGGAUAAGAUCGGCCGUGGUUACCAGGGUGACCCCUCCUCUGCCCUGCUGGAGCUCCUGGACCCCGAACAGAAUGCCAACUUUCUCGACCACUACCUGGAUGUUCCUGUGGAUCUGUCGAAGGUUCUGUUUAUAUGCACGGCCAAUGUAACCGACACCAUUCCAGAACCACUCAGAGACCGGAUGGAGAUGAUCAAUGUGUCUGGAUAUGUGGCCCAGGAAAAACUGGCCAUCGCUGAGCUUUACCUGGUGCCUCAGCUUCGCUCACUGUGUGGCCUCAAUGAGGAGAAGGUCUCACUCUCAUCAGAAGCCCUCGGUCUGCUCAUCAGACAGUACUGCAGAGAGUCUGGAGUGAGGAACCUGCAGAAACAAAUAGAAAAGGUGUUCCGUAAAGUAGCAUUCUGCAUUGUGAGUGGAGACCAGAGCUCAGUGACCGUUACACCAGACAACCUGCAGGAGUACGUGGGUAAACCCAUCUUCACAGUGGACCGCAUGUAUGAUAUCACCCCUCCAGGAGUGGUAAUGGGCCUCGCAUGGACAGCUCUGGGAGGCUCCACGUUGUUCAUUGAAACGUCAAUACGCCGACCUGUCGGAGAAAAGGAAGCUAAAGGAGAGGGUUCGCUGGAGGUUACAGGACAACUUGGUGAUGUUAUGAAGGAAAGUGCAAAAAUCGCUUCAACGUUUGCCAGAGUCUUCCUUCAUAGUCAGGAUCCAGAAAAUAACUUCCUGGUCAACUCCCACCUCCAUCUUCAUGUUCCUGAGGGAGCAACUCCCAAGGACGGGCCGAGUGCCGGCUGCACCAUCGUCACAGCUCUGUUGUCCCUGGCAACGAACCGCUCGGUGCGUCAGAACGUGGCCAUGACCGGGGAGGUGUCGCUAACGGGCAAAGUCCUGCCGGUGGGAGGAAUCAAGGAAAAAACUAUCGCUGCUCGUCGUGCCGGGGUCACCUGCAUCAUUCUUCCAGCUGAGAACAAGAAGGACUUCUCUGACCUGCCCGACUACAUCACAGAGGGCCUCGAGGUCCACUUCGUGGAUCACUACAACCAGAUCUACCCCAUUGUGUUCCCACAGGACCAGACUGAACUUUCAUCUACUCCUCUAUAAAGCAACCAGUGGAGAAGCCUUUCAGAACCUGGUUGAUCUGGUCCAAUGCUUUUUAUUCUGACUGGUUUCCUGUAUGGACCCUGAAGCGGCGCUGUGAAGUUUGGCACAUUAAAUAUGUCGGGUUGAUUCAGGAGUGGGAUGAUCACCCACACCCCCAUAUGACUCCAGCUACUGAAGGAUCCAGAGUAAAGGACUAGAUGAGAAAAGGGGUGGGGCUGUUACAGAAAGGGGUGGGUUCAUUAUAAGAAGAGGUGGGGUCACGAGGAAAAGAGGUGUGGCU